GGAGCCGGGCAGCACACAGGGCAACACACCUUUCUGCACACACAUACGACAAAGGCAAAGCAGUGGGAAGAAGAAGGGUCAGGAAGAAAGGAAGAGUGGGGAAAAGGACAAAGAAAGAGAAGGAGGGGAUAACUGAAGAAGAUAUGGUACGCUCAUGUGAACAAGAGAUUCCUGCCUGGGUCUAUGUGGGCACUCUGCUACUCUUGAUCCACUCUGUCACAGUUAGCGGAGCUGCCCUGAAGCAUGAUGUGGCAUUGGACAGUGGAGCCACAGUGUUAAAUCACACCAUGAAUUUAGUGCAUCGAAUGGAGACCCUGCUGGCCAUGGGAAACGGGAGUGAUGUCACUCUCCGUGUGGAGACCAUCAACACUGACGAGGUGAAGGUGAUCCUGGCUCACAGCCUGGUGCUUACCCUGCAGAGUGAUGUGUUUGAGGAGCUGCUGCUCAGCCGCAACAGCAGCUCUGUGGUUUUGAGGGAGACGCCUGACUGUGCAGCUGUCUUUGAGAAGUUUGUCAGGUACCUGUACUGUGGUGAUAUCUCUGUGCGGCUAGAUCAGGUUAUUUCUCUGCAUAAGCUGGCCAGCAAGUACCAUGUGUGGGGCUUGCAGCAGGGUCUGACCCAAUAUAUGACUCAACAUCUCUCCAGUGAUUCACCCACAGGCCACGUAGUUGGCUGGUACAACUAUGCACUACAAAUUGGGGACAUAACCCUGCGGGACAGCUGUCUGCAGUACCUGUCCUGGAACCUGUCUUCUGUGCUGCAGAGCAGAGAAUGGGGCUCCAUCAGUGAAGACCUUCUCCUCUCCUUGCUCCAGCGCUCUGACCUCAUUCUGCAGAGUGAGCUGGAACUCUACGAGGCACUGGAGGGAUGGAUUAACCAGAACCAGCCUGUCCGUAUCACGGUGGAGAGCGCUCUAAGAGCUGUUCGAUAUGGCAUGAUCCCUCCUCAGCAUCUCUUCCGUCUUCAGAAGCAAUCCCCUCUCAUGGUGAAGUAUUAUGAGUCUAUCCGCGAUCUCCUCUACCUAGCUUUCCAAUUUCACUCUGCAUCACCUAUCCAACUUGCCAAGUACUUUGAUGUCAACUGCAGCAUUUUCACUCCCCGUAACUACCUGUCCUCCACCUGGGGCUCACCUUGGAUCAUAAAUAACCCCACCCGUGACGACCGGAGCUUCAGCUUCCAGACCCAGCUUGGACCCAGUGGCCAUGACUCCAGUAAGAGAGUGACGUGGAAUGCCCUGUUCUCCCCUCGCUGGCUCCCGCUCAGUGCCAGGUCAACCUAUACUGAACUGGGUGCCAUGCAGCCCACCCGCACAGAGGGAGGUAGACCUCGCAUCAUUGUAACACCAGCCACUUCUAGCCCUGACUUUGCGGGUGUGAGUUUCCAGAAGACGGUAAUUGUGAUGACAAAGCAGCAGGGAAAAGUGGUGGUCAAACAUGUCUACAACUUCCACCAAAGCACAGAGGAGGCUGGGGAUUUCCUGGUGGAUGCUGAUCUGCAGCGGCGUGCAUCAGAAUACCUAAUUGACAGCUCCCUCUAUCUGCACAUUGUAAUAAAACCUCUCUACCAUACCCUACUUGUUGCCAAGAAAUAGGAACAGGAAUUCAGUGAGGCCUCAUCAUCGGUGAUCCACCCACACAAUCACAUGCACAUAUUCCAAAGUACACUCAUAUCGCAGUACAUGUGUAUGUGUCACAUCUGUGACAACUUCAUUGUUGAUUCGUUUGCGUAUUUUCUUGUCUUCCAACUAGUUAGCAAGGAUGUGUCUAGUAAAAUAAAGGAUGCUAAAUUUAACAGCUCAGCAGUGAUUAUCAAAGUAAUCAUGAUGGGUUUUCAUAUUUUCAUGCAUUCUGAGAAAAAAAAAUCACUGUACUGUAUUUGUAUGUUUUUGUGUGGCAGUUUUCCUCUUAAAUUUAUUAAAUCUAUGUGAUCUUAAUGGAGACAAAGUUCAAGAGCUAAGGCUGAGAUGAUUCGGACACGUGCAGAGGAGGCAUGGUGGACAUGCUGGACAAAGGGUGUUAAAUAUGGAGCUGCCAGGCAGGAGGAAAAGAGGAAGACCACAGAGAAGAUUCAUGGAUUUAGUGAGGGAGGAUAAGCAAAGGGCUGGUGCGGCAGGAGGAAGAUGCUAGGGACAAGGUGAGACGGAGGCAGAUGAUCUGCUGUGGUGGGCUCUAAAGGGAGCAGCUGAAAAAAAAAGAGGAAAAGCUUAAUGUUUUUGCAUAGAUCAGUAGAAGUUUUUCUUUAAAAUACUGUUAUUGAUAUUACUUUAAUGCAUUUUCUCAUUUAGUGGUCAGUAUAGAAACAUUUAGUUCAUGGCACUCAAUCCUCUAGUAGACCCCUGUUUGAUCUUGCAUACCAAAACGUGUAAAUUCAAGUGAAAUCCCAUUAUGAGUGUUCCUUAGAAUAAUGUAGUUGACUUGCAAGCCAGUACUAUAGCAUAACUGCAGCCCUUUGAGUUUUACUAUUCGUUUUAUUGUUACACAUAAUUUUACCAAGCCUUUAAAGAAACUUAAAGCCCCUGUGUGAUUUUCCUCGAACAAAAAAAAAAAAAAA